CUCCCCUCCCACCACCGCCCCUCCAGCCCCCGCACGCGAUUUGGUGGAGAAGGGAGGCAAAAAAAGAGAGGGAAAGAAAAGUGAUGAACACGAAGGGGUGAAUAACCCCAAAGAGCGGGGAGAGGAGCAGCGGGCAGCCCCGGGGCCGCCCGGGAGACCCCGACCCCAAGGCACCCACCCGGGACCGACCCGCGGGCGCUGCGCGGCUGGCGGAGUGCGAGCGCGCCUCCGUAAGCGAGAUGCGAAAAGGCUUCUGCUGUGCUUGUGCCUGACUUGCGAUGCCGGCUCCUCACUAGAAUGCAAACCUUCGCACAGGAUGAAAGCAGGUCACUCUGCCAGAAUGCCAGAGGAAAGUUCGCCAAAGCGGAGUCCUCAAAACAUCCCGUACAAGGACCUGCCCCACAUCGUCAAUGCUGAUGGGCAGCAUCUCUUCUGCAGGUAUUGGAAGCCAGCAGCAACUCCCAGGGCCCUUGUGUUCAUCGCUCACGGCGCUGGGGAGCACUGCGGCCGCUAUGAUGACUUGGCUCAGAAGCUGACAGGACUUAACUUGUUUGUUUUUGCCCAUGACCAUGUUGGCCAUGGGCAGAGCGAGGGCGAUCGUAUGGUUGUCUCAGAUUUCCACAUCUUCAUCAGGGACAGCUUGCAGCACAUUGAUCUCAUGAAGAAGGAGCACCCUGAGCUGCCCGUUCUCAUCCUGGGGCACUCCAUGGGGGGAGCCAUCUCCAUCCUGACAGUCAGCGAGAGACCCACUGAGUUUUCAGGCAUGCUGUUAAUCUCUCCUUUAGUGGUAGCCAGCCCAGAAGUCGCCACUCCCAUCAAGGUUUUUGCAGCGAAAGUGCUCAACUUGGUUCUCCCAAACCUGUCCCUGGGAUCGAUAGAUCCAAAUGCAAUAUCCCGCAACAAGAAGGAGAUGGAGUCCUACACAUCUGAUCCCUUGGUCUACCACGGUGGCAUGAAGGUCUCCUUCGUCAUCCAGCUGAUGAAUGCCAUUGCCAGAAUCGAGCGAGCUCUGCCCAAGCUGACUUUGCCCAUCCUGGUGCUACACGGCUCUUCCGACAAGCUCUGCGACAUCAAAGGGUCCUAUUUCCUGAUGGAAACAGUGCAAAGUCAGGACAAAACGCUCAAGGUCUAUGAGGAAGCCUACCAUGCCCUCCACAAAGAGCUGCCCGAGGUCUCUACCUCUGUCUUCACAGAAAUACUAACAUGGAUUAGCCAGAAGGUCUCGGGCGCUGGGGAAGCCAGCCAGGCCUGAGAGCAAUGGGGCUUGCAGCUCUCACUGGGGUUUUCUGGGAGCAGAUGCUUGGCUUAAUAGAAGUCUCUCUCCGGAAGACCUACAGUGGAGGGACUCUUGGGAUGCUCUAUCAUGCACAGCUAAGGGAGGGUGGGGGGAGAGGCACAGGGUGGAGCACCAUCUGCUGAUGUAAAUGGCCAUGGGCCUAAUCUGGAGGAGAAUGGAUGCUUUCCCCAGGUUGAGUGACUAUGGAAGUGCUCCUCACCCACCAACCUUCCCCCACCGCUUCCCCUUCUCUGCUUGCGCUGGGUGACAGGGGUGCAUUUAUACUGCAAUAACUUUUGCUAUGUUAAAGAAGUCGCCACCUUCCACUUCAUGGUUUGAUUCCAGGUGCAUUAAGUCCCUUCCCCAUCCCCACCAUCCAGUACCUUAAAAGCCAUGGUCCUUGAGAGAAGAGCAGCACCCAGAGUGCUGGGUCACGAGGAGAGGCUGGAGUGGGAGCUGAUGAGAAAGGCUGCUUUCCAAGGUUAGAACCCUUUGGAUGCUGCCUUUACCGGGAGCCCAGAGGCAGCCUCCUCACCGCCCUGCACAUCCUCUGCAAGUUUGCACUGGGGAAAGGCAUUGAACAGCUCUUUAGUUUUAAUGAUCAGGGCAGGAUCCCAGAGGGGAGAGGAGGAAUGUGGGAUCAACCCCACUUGGCACAUUCAAAACCCAGGCUUUUCCCCAUGCCAAACCUCGUCUCCUCUGCACAAUGAACUACUCUGUAAAUAUUUCAUGGGGCUGCUUUUUCUCCCAUUUUCCCUUAUUUUUUCCCUUUUCCUUUGGAAUUAAUCACUUGUGCUACUGAAACUGAAAGAGCAAAGUCAAAGUUAUGAGAGAAUAGAGUAAUAUAAUAUAUGACGUAUAUAGAGCUGGGAAGGAAUGAGAGGAGAGUCUAAAGCAGAAGUUAAUUGUUCUUUCUCUUGGCAAGGAAUAAUGUUGUCCUACCAGGACCCAGUCCUUUCACCAUAACUUCACAGUCAUAAUCUGUUGUUUUCCUUCAUCAGUUGGAAAAUGUCCUGAAAGUAAUGCUGGAGGGAAGUGCAGAGCAGCUGGUGGGUGGGGAUUAGCAGUGGGUGUCCUCAUGGUCCACUGG